UCAUACAGGUUCCAGUUCAACCCCACGUGUGCAAGGCGCAAGAACUACAGAUACAAUAUCUAACAUUGACUCUAUGACUGGAGAGUAACCCAGGAGAUCAUUCGACUACAAAAGAUGGAUGAUAUAGACGCCAUGUUCACUGACCUGCUGGGAGAGAUGGACCUCCUAACACAGAGUUUUGGGUAUGAAAAGGAUCCCCCAGAAACGUCAUCCAGCAGCUCGCAGAGAGAAAGCAACUUCUCUAUUGGGUUCGCAGAUUUGAACGAAUCUCUAAAUGAGCUAGAGGAUCAUGACCUGGACGCUCUGAUGGCUGAUCUGGGGUCAGAUUUGGCGGAGACAGAGGAGACACUGAAUGCAGCCAAGACGGGACAUGUCCACACACAGCAGUCUGACUACUCCACCCCACAACAAAAUGUCCCCUUGUCCCAAAUGUCAUCGCUGGCAUCCUCCUCCUCAUCCUCUCUCCCACCUGAACCCUCCAAACCACAGCUAGCGGGAGAAGCUGAAGCACAAGCCAAAGCCGACAAAAUCAAGCUGGCUCUGAAGAAGCUAAAAGAAGCCAAAGUUAAGAAGUUGGUGAUCAAGGUGAUGAUGAGCGAUGGCAGCUCCAAGACACUGAUGGUGGACGAGAGACAGACGGUGAGGGACGUGCUGGAUAAUCUGUUUGAGAAGACCCACUGCGACUGCAGCGUGGACUGGAGCCUGUGCGAGACCAACCCCGAGCUGCAGACUGAAAGGGGAUUUGAGGACCAUGAAUAUCUAGUGGAGCCUCUUUCUGCAUGGACACGAGACAGUGAAAACCAAAUCCUUUUCCUUCUGAGACCUAACAAAUAUCUCUUCUUCAAAGACCCCCAGAUAUUCUACCUAUGGAAAAAAGACAAACAAUUUCUGAAUGAGAUAAAAGAAAGCCAUAAGGGACUUCUGCUAAAGGAAAACUUUGAGGGGCCUUCUGUCAUCGUCCCAGACCUGGAGGGGCUGCUGUUUCUGAAGGAGGACGGGAAGAAAUCGUGGAAACGUCGCUACUUCCUGCUCAGGGCUUCUGGGAUAUACUAUGUGCCUAAAGGAAAGACAAAGACAUCCAGGGACCUGGCGUGCUUCACUCAGUUUGACAAAGUCAACAUCUACACCACCACUGAUUACAAACAGAAAUACAAAGCACCCACAGACUUCUGCUUCAUCCUCAAGCAUCCUCAGAUCCAGAAGGAGUCCCAGCACAUAAGAUUCCUGUGUUGUGACGAUGAGCACACUCUCUCCCUCUGGGUCAACUCCAUCAGAGCAGCCAAGUAUGGGGUCACUCUGUACCACAACUAUCAGACGGCAGUGAGGAGGGCCUUAACCCCCACCUCCACUCUGCAUCUGACCGGUCUGCCUGCCUCCAAACCUCCCACACAUUCUACUGGGCACAGAGCAACAUUGAGGUCCAAUGGACACCCUGCUCAGGACGACCUCUCUGAACCGCCCCCAGACUUUAUUCCCCCGCCCCCUCCUGGGUGGGGCUCUGGGGUCUAGGGAUGGAGCUCCACCCCCUCCUGGGUGGGGCUCUGGGCUCUAGGGAUGGAGCUCCACCCCCUCUUGGGUGGGGCUCUGGGGUCUAGGGAUGGAGCUCCACCCCCUCCUGGGUGGGGCUCUGGGGUCUAGGGAUGGAGCUCCACCCCCUCACCCAUGAAUACUGUAGAGGAAGUUCUCAACCUACCUACAGACAGACAGACAGGCAGACAGGCAGGCAGGCAGGCAGGCAGGCAGGCAGGCAGACAGGCAGACAGGCAGACAUGCAUACAUGCAUACAUGCAUACAUGCAUACAUGCAUACAUGCAUACAUACAUGCAGGCCCAGUGUUCAUGGACCAGAGAGAUGCUUGCAAAAAUACCAUCUCGGUAGGUGACAGUCCCUGCUCCAAUUAAAUGCAUCUUUCCUUUCUUCCCUUCUGCUUGAAGUAACUGAUCUGACAAGAUAUGAUUGUACAAUGGAACGUAGUGAAGACAUUUCCAAACCACUGACUGAUGGGAAAGGGGGAUACCUAGUCAGUUGCACAACUGAAUGCAUUCAACUGAAAUGUGUCUUCCGCAUUUAACCCAACCCCAUGAUGCAUGUUCUUGGGUUAUUUAUGUAUUUAUUGAAUAAGUCAGAAUUAAUAAAACCUAAGUUAACCACUGUAAAGCUAUGUUGUCAUUGCAACCAGACGAAGAUGUACAGCAUGUUGGUAUGAAGCUUUAUCGACACGGAAAUAAACUGGGCUAAGCUAGAUCAAUUCCUAUAGUAUUACAUGUUGACCGGCAGAUGAACAUCUCUUUGGCAUUGUGCUUAAUGUCUACCAUGCAAACUCCUGUUACGAUCUGUUAGUUGACAAUUAACCUUACUGUUGGUCAUUGAUCUCACUUCAAUGAAAAACUGUGAUGUAGAGUUGCAAUAAAGUGGUUAAGUCAUG